CGGGGAGCCAGCGAUGAGAAGUAGCGGGGAGCUGCGGGGAACUGCGCCCGCCUCACAAGCUCACUCCGUCGGGUAGAAUUAGCGGCGAACGUGGGUUCAAGAUAUCAUGGGAGGCUGCUAAUAUCUUACUUUGCCAUUAGUUAUAGGGAACCCAGGGGAGCACUGUGUGCAUGCAGGUUGGGCACACAGGGAAGAGAACAACAAUGGCAGCCCAUCGAAUCAGAGCAACUACCAAUAACAACAUUUCUCUCCCUCGUUGCAAGUCGGAGGGGACUCUCAUAGAUCUCAGCGAAGGAGUGUCAGAAGCUAGUCUCACUGAUGUCAAAGUGCCUUCUCCCAGUGCCUUACGGCUGGAUGCUACUGCUUCCUUUGGCACUGCCAGGGAAGUUGUUGCCAUUAAGGAUUACUGCCCAUCCAGCUUCACUACUCUAAAAUUCUCCAAAGGGGACCGUCUCUAUGUUUUGGACACAUCAGGUGGAGAGUGGUGGUAUGCCCACAACAACACAGAGAUGGGUUAUAUCCCUGCGGCUUACGUGCAGCCUGUCAACUACAGAGACUCGUCCUUCAGUGACAGCGGGAUGAUUGACACUAUAGGAGACUGCAGUGAGGAGGGAGCUAAAGAAAUGGACCUCCUAGGUGAAUGGAAAGGAGUACUUCUGAAACAGACCCAUCUCAAGAAUGGGAAUCCUUUUACAACAACCCACAACUCCACCAAUCCUUUUUUGAAUGGGGGACUUCAGAGCUCACUUGAUCAGAACAGUAAUGAGAAAUCAGUAGACCUGCUCCUUUUUGACAGCCUAACUCCAUCAGCACCAAACUCCACCAGCAGUACUACCAACAUGAAUGACUUUGAUAGUAGCAUUUAUGAUUUUAAUCCCAUCAGCCCCAAUGUAGGGGUAGGACAGAUGUUACGCAGGGACAACCCAUUUUUUAGAAGUAAGCGGUCUUACAGUCUCUCUGAGCUGUCAAUCCUACAAGCUCAGUCUGAUGUCCCUCAGGAAUCCAUGGGGUUCUUCAGAGGCCUCAAAGCCCCUGCACCAGAGCAGUUCCAGAGUAGAGAGGAUUUCAGAGCAGCAUGGCUCAAUCACCGCAAGCUGGCCAGAUCAUGCCAUGAUUUGGACUCGUUGGGUCAGAGCCCGGGUUGGGGCCAGACGCAGCCAAUAGAAACCAACAUAGUAUGUCGGCUGGACAGCUCUGGAGGGGCCGUCCAGCUUCCAGACACAAGCAUCAGCAUGCAUAUACCCGAGGGCCACGUGGCUCAAGGAGACACUCAGCAGAUCUCAAUGAAAGCCCUGCUAGAUCCACCUCUGGAGCUGAACAAUGACCGCUGCACUACUGUCAGUCCCGUUGUGGAGAUCAAACUUAGCAACAUGGAAACAAAGACCACAAUUACCCUGGAGAUGAAAAUAUCAGUGGUAGUGAAAAUGGAGAGCAGGCAGACAACAGAGGUUCUAUGUGUCAGAAGUGACUGUAAAGAAGGCCCAUAUACACCUAUUCCCCAGGCGUACUUUUACGGUGACACAAUCCAAGUUUGCCUGGAUAACCUUGAACCUUGCAUGUAUGUGUGUGUUGUGGCCCAGUCCCAGUCGAUCGCACCAGACUCCUCAGUUUGGGAACACGUGGUUAAAAAGAUAACUCUAGGGGUUUACGGUCCAAAGCAUAUUCACCCAUCUUUCAAAACUGUUGUAGCUAUCUUUGGUCAUGACUGUGCUCCAAAGACAUUAUUGGUGAGUGAGGUAGGAAAGCAGGCACAGUCUGCGCCACCAGUGGCACUGCAGCUCUGGGGUAAACACCAGUUUGUCCUGUCCAAACCGCAGGACCUUAGAGUUGGUGUUUACUCCAACAUGGCCAACUAUGAGAUAAAGAUUAGUGAACAGGCGAGAGUAGUCAGGGGUUUUCAGAUCAAACUUGGUAAGGUUAGCAGACUUGUCUAUGUCAUUGCCUCUCGCAACACCGACGAUGUCUCAGAUUUCACCUUGAGGGUCCAGAUUAAAGAUGACCAAGACUGUAUACUUGCCCAGUUUUGUGUACAGACACCUAUGCCGCCACCAAAGACGGGGCCAAAGACAUCCAUUCAGCGGCGCUUCCUCAAGAAGAAGGAAGUGGGUAAAAUUGUCCUAUCCCCUCUUGCCAUUGCCACUAAGUAUCCUAUUUUUCAGGACAGGCGUAUCAACAACCUUAGGUUUGGAAAACUGAUCAAAACAGUCAUCCGCCAGACAAAAAAUCAAUACUUAUUAGAAUAUAAAAAAGGAGACUUUGUAGCCCUUUUGAGUGAGGAGAAGAUUAAACUGAAAGGCCAAUUGUGGACAAAAGAAUGGUACAUUGGAUAUUAUCAGGGCAGGACAGGGCUUGUCCACACAAAGAAUGUUCUGGUGGUUGGGAAAGUAAAGCCCAUUUAUUUCAGCGGGCCUGACCUUACCACUACUGUCUUACUGGAGCAUAUACUGAAGCCUUGUAAGUUCCUUACAUACAUCUAUGCUUCUGUAAGAACUAUACUGAUGGAGAAUAUAGGCAACUGGCGAGCGUUUGCAGAUGCCCUAGGAUACAUCAACCUGCCAUUGACCCAUUUCUGCCGUGCAGAGCUUGAUAGUGAACCUGAGAGGGUUGCAUCUGUGCUUGAGAAGCUGAAGGAAGACUGCAACAAUGCAGAGAGCAAGGAGAGGAAGUCCUUCCAGAAAGAACUUCUGACUGCUCUGCUGAAGAUGGACUGUCAGGGCCUGGUGGCCAGACUGGUCAUGGACUUUGUCCUGCUGACCACAGCAGUAGAGGUGGCUGGACGGUGGAGGGAGCUGGCAGAGAGGCUGGCCAAGGUAUCCCGACAGCAGAUGGAUGCUUAUGAGGCCCCGCACAGGGACAAGAACGGCGUUGUGGACAGUGAGGCCAUGUGGAAGCCAGCUUAUGACUUCCUGGUCACAUGGGCAGCCCAGAUCGGGGACAGCUACAGAGACGUGAUUCAGGAGCUGCACAUCGGCCUGGACAAGAUGAAGAACCCCAUCACAAAACGCUGGAAGCACCUGACCGGCACACUCAUCCUGGUCAACUGUUUGGACGCCCUCCGGAGCUCUGCCUUCAGUCCCACCUCUCAGGACGACUACGCCAUCUGACCUCUGGAGACCCUCACUCGCCACAUCUUACUUUCUGCUGCUGGUUUUUCUUUUUUGUCUUUUUUUCCACCUCGUCGGUUUGGUGCAUAAUACAUGUCACUGUAUGAGAUGCUGCACAAUGGCCGCCUGCUUCCUCUGGAUGUCACCACCGCUGUUUUUUCUACCUUCGUUUUUUUUUUUCAUUUGCCCUUUCACUUUUUCCUCCAGCUCUGCCCCAGGGGAACAUGAACAGACUCUGCAGCACCUCUGUGGUCCCCAGGUCAAAGUACACAAUGCUGUAUGUAGCCCUUAGAAUUUGCAAAGACUAUUUUAAUAACCCUUGUCUUGCAUAGUAUGUAUUUUUGUACUCUAAAUAUGGCAGUUUUUUUUUAAACAACACUUUGAACAAUUUGGUUAAGAACUAUGGAUUUAAUGCUAAGAAGAGAGAAAAAAACACUUUUUAAAAAGAAGACACUUUUUAAAAUUGCUAUUCUUAUAACGGCAGCCCUGCCACGUGUGUCAAAACCAGUAUGUAUUUAUUUAUAUGGUGGGUACAUAGAAGACACUUUAUUUUUCUGGGUUCCUCUCACUGUGGUCCAUUUCAUUUCAGAUAACUCAUUCAGUACGUAUGUGAUGAAGGACUGCCAUCAAUAUGUCCAUCAAACAUAUAUAGAUAAUUUAAAGACUUUUUACUCUUUCUGUUUUUGGUCAAGUUUUUUUGUAUAAUAACAGCCAUUCCUUUGCCGGCCGUUCCUCUUGGCAGUCUUGUGUUCAGCUCUUUUCCUCAUAUCACCGUUUGGAAGUACUUUCUGGCGAAGCUUAUUAAAAUUUAAUACGCUGUAUGUAUGUAUGCACAGCUGACCUAGAUCAUUGUCGAAGCCACUGUUGUAACGACGCCAAGUAUUUGUCAAGGUUUUUGGACACGUUUUUGUCCCUCGUCUGGCUGUGUUGUAUCCAGUGCUGCGUAUCGCUUACCGUAGUUACAAAGUCCGGUGAUGAAUUUGAAAAAUCCUCUCCGGCUUUCCUUUUCUGUGCCUGCAUUCUUUCUGUGGACGGAAAUAUAAAUAAAAUGUAAAUAUUUG